AAGGUUCAAUUCAUAAAAUCUAAAUAUUAAUUGUUUCAUUAAUUGUCUUUUUAUUACUCUCUCCAUUUCACAAAGAAUCCUUUUUUUUUUUUUUUUAUAAUAUUCUAAUUUUAAUUUUUCAUGUGACAUAUUUUGGCUAUCCCUAGAGUAUAACUUUAAUUUUAGACGCUAAAUUCAAAAGUUUCUUUAUUUUUUUUUAACUUUAUGUCAAGUUAAAGCAGGUAUUUUUUUUUUUUUUAAUGGAGGGAGUAAUUUCUUUUUAUGGAGUUCUGUUUUUAUUUUUAUUUUAUUUUUAUUUUUUAUAUAAUUGUGGGAUUAGCCAAUUGGUACUUGUGAUUCAUGUGAAGCCUUUACGUCUUGGAAGCUUAACUUAUUUAUUUUAUCUUCAAUUCCUUCUAAUAGUUUUGGCAAUUCCUGUAUUUGUUUAGGUUGUUAAUGGAUUCUUUUACCCCAGUGAAUCUAUCUCUUUUAGUUAGUCAUUUUGCUUAUCUAUUGAUGCUAUAACUUGUUUCAAUCGAGCACAACACAUGAUAUAGUGCUCUUCAUAGAAUCUUAGUUAAAUUUUUUUGCUUUUUUGCACGUGUUCUCAAGCAUAUAUUAGGUUGUUAAUUUAACUGCAUAAAAUAUGUCAUCUUCUCAACAGCCUCAGUUAGAAUAGGCUUAAGGUUUUACGGUUUAUUGAUGCUUUAAGUGGUCAACUUAUUUAUGUAACGUGUACUUGACAACAUGUGCAAAAGAUUCUUCAAAUUUGAGCCGAAAGUGUCUGAUAGAAACACUUUAUCACGUGUUCAAGUGCUCAAUUGGUACAAGCAAUAGUUCGCGUUUCCAAAUGAAAUUGUUUGUCAAGUUUAAGGGGUUAGACUGUUGAUGUAUUAAGCUUUUCAUUUUUGAUGGCACACACUUUAAAAUAUGUUUCUUAUGUUUGGUCCAAGUAAUUGUUUUUGGAGAAGAUUAGUGCUUAAAGCCUGUCUGUUUUGAUUUUGCUCUAUUUUAAGGUAGUUGUUUAAGUGAAAGGUGGUUUUUGAUAGUGGAUUGAUGCAUAUGAAAUUGGUAGCAGGAGAUGCAACCAAGGUUAAUCUUGGUUAUGUAUUCCGAAUAGCAUUGUGACCAUGAGGUACCCAGAAUGGUAAGUGGCUUUGUGAGAAUUGGACAAAUGGUCGAAGUAAUUCCAUUUCUCAUAGUCCAAGAGUGGAAGUCUCUGCAGUACUCUGAAGCAUUCAAGAAAAUUGCAGUGAAAAUGAGUAUAUUGUGAGUUAGGGAUGCUAGGAAAAUCAUUUGCUACUCCUUUGCUGACCUUCAACCCUGCGUCAUGCUGCUCUCCUGGCUGUGAUUCCAGCUCAACAACAGCAAGCAGUCUAAUAGGGUAUAUAAAUUGCUCUAAUAACAUUACAUCUAAUGUCACUAUGGGAUCUUGGAAGUCCAAUUAUCCAUCCAGGAAAUGGACGUUGCACUCAACAGCUACUGACAAUAUAGCAUUAACCGAAGAAGAGAAGAAAACUUGGAACGAUAGCAGACAAACUCUUUCUGCUUUAAAGUUUAGCCCAGAGGAAGAAGACAAAAUAUUGGGAAAAGCAUUUGGUCACAUACAUUCGCCUUACUGGUAUGAAGAACGGAAGAAAGAGGUUCCACGAUUAGAAGUUGUGAAUGAGAUACUGGAUUAUCUUAGGAGUUUAAACCUUACUGAUGAUGAUCUCAUUAAACUUCUCAAGAAAUUUCCAGAAGUUCUUGGAUGUAGCCUUGAAGAUGAAAUGAAAAACAAUGUGGAAAUUUUGGCAAAGCAAUGGGGGAUUGAAGGCAAAACUCUGAGAAAUUUGCUUCUUCGAAAUCCAAAAGUUUUAGGCUACAACGUCGAUUGCAAAGGUGAUUGUGUGGCUAAAUGCACUCGUUGUUGGGCUCGGUUCUAGUUGUAUUCUUGCUUUUCAUUCUCUUCCUUUUCUUUAUGUAUAAUAUUUUACACGAUAUCAUUCUUCAACCGUUGUUUCGAAGUAUAGAUGAUAAUGAGGAUCUAGUGGCAAUCUAAUGUGCAGAGCCAAAUCACUCCCAAUGCUUCCUUUGUUUGGAGCUAUUGCUAGUAAUGGUCCUCCGCGCUUACGUUCUGUGAUACAUGGAACUUGCUGGUCUAAAUCAUUUUCGAUUAUUUGUUUACAGUGGAAGAGUUAUUAACCUUCCCAAAUAACAACAAACUGGGGAUUUAUGUCCGGUGAAAUUCCCAAAAUCCAGAUUUAGUGUGGGGAGUAAACUUUGUUCCAGUUCUGUACGUAAUCCAAAUUUGAAGAAUAUUGAAGAUCCUCUUUGUUGUAUCGACUUCAACCCAAA